ACACAAAGCUAUAACAUAUUUUCGUAGUAUCAAUCUCUCUCUACGUCACUGUGGACACUUUCUCUCCCGCAUUACUGUCUCCGCUUCUCCAAAUUGAAAUUUGUUCCUCUCGUUUGAAAUUCACAUAUCAACUUUGAAAAAAAGUCCAUACUGUUUUCCUAGAAUGAUCUAAUUUUUGACCUUUCCAGAAGAGAGAAAUUUCAACUAUUUACUUUAAAUUGUUGAAAAUUCAAGUUUACCAUAGUUAUACUAAAAAUAAUCUCGACUCUUGAAAUACAAUGAUCAAAUUUCAAGUCAACUGUUACUUUAUCCUUAUCUUAUCCUUCCUCGCUCCUUCGUUGAUAUCUGGUAAAAGUCAUUUGUGGAAAUGCGAUUUUAACAAGGAUGAUUGUCGAUUUACUUCAAAUAUUCAUCAAGGUAUCUCUUUGUACAAAUUUCAAAGAGGUUCAACAAAUAUUUCAGAUAGAACAGGACCAAAUGGUAAAUACAUGUACGCUAAGCCCCGUUAUCUAUACGAUCAGGAAGCCUUUUUAUUUUCGCCUACAUUCAACAAACCAAAGGAAAUGGGAACAUUAUGUUUAAGAUAUUACACUUGGAUAGGUGAUAAUGCAGAUCAAAUUCAAAUUUAUGGUCUUAUAAAUGGAAGUGUUGUAUCGAGAGAUGGUUCUUACGCAAAUCCUUCCCAAACACAAAAAUGGCAACAACAUUCCAUUACCUUCAACGAUCCUAUCGAUCAGUUAGUUAUAAAAGCCGAAAGAUAUAUUGGAAGUCAGGAUACGUUAGCUAUAGACGAUAUAGAGUUGUACGAUUGUUUUUUUGCUACUCCCACUCCUACAUUGAAGCCUACUACUCCACAUACAACAAAAAUAGAAAAUAUACCUUGUUCAUUCGAUAAAGGAGACUUUUGUUCAUUUACAAAUUCUUCCACCAGCGCCAGAAGUUAUUUUUGGACAACUGGUAGUGAGACACCGUCAUGGAACACAGGACCGUCCAAACCUGUUGAUGGAAUAGGUAAAUUUGCAUUUGCUGAAGCGUCGUCAUGCAACAGGAAUGAUGUAACCAAUUUAACGAGCCCUUUUUUUUUUACCCCUUCAACGUGUAUUUCAUUCUUUUAUAAUAUGUACGGAAGUCAAAUUGGAGGUUUGGAGGUGCUUGCAAGCGAUAUUUUUGGACUUUUUAAGUCCAAAUCUAUCCUAAAAGACGAUUUACUAACGGAUCGUUGGAUAAAAGAGACGCUUAUAAUUCAAAAUGCUGGCUAUUACCAGUUAACUUUUAUUGCAACUUGUGGAACUGGAUAUCGUGGAGACGUUGCAAUUGAUAAAAUAACUGUUCACGAUUGUUUUCAUUCAUCUACUACUAAAACCCGAAUGACCACACCAACUAUGCCUAGUUCUACAACUGUGCCAGCUGCCUUUACAACUCGGUCAACUACCUCUACAACUCAAACAGCAAUAACCAACAAGUCAAACUUGGCUAAGAUAUUAAAUACGAAUUUCGACUCAUUUGAUUAUGGACAAUACAAGAUAACUAAAUCAUUGUCGAGUAAUACUUUUGUUUGGUCUCUAAGUAAUCGGAGGAUAUCAAUAGAUACUGGACCAAGAGAAGAUGUAAGCAAAACUGGAUACUUUCUAUAUACCGAAGCUUCCUUUUGUAAACAAGGGGAUGUAACUAACUUUACUAGUCCUGUUAUAACACUGAAACACUUAACUUGCCAACUAUCGUUCUAUUAUCAUAUGUAUGGAUCCGAUAUGGGGAUGUUUAAUGUUGGCAUUUAUCAUAUAACGUCCAAGACAUUUUCUACUUUAAUGACGAAAAGUGGCAAUCAAGGUCUCCAAUGGAUAAAAAAGACAAUGUUACUUCCACCUGGACAAUAUCAACUCAUUUUUAGCGGAAUAUGCAAAAGAUCCUUCAAAGGAGACAUGGCUAUUGAUAAUAUCUCUGUUGAUUUUUGCCGUUCGCCUUCUUCUACGUUAAAGCCUACUAUGUCACCGAUGUCACCAAAAAUGCUGGAAUGUAGCUUUGAGCGAGAUUUUUGCGAAUAUUAUACAAGUCCAAAAGCAACAUAUUCGUGGAGGAUUGCAGAUUACACCCUGUCUAGUUCAACUGGUCCUCAAGCCCCACAUUCAGGAAAAUUUGUCUACUACGAGGCAACAUCCUCAUCUCGAUCCAAUAUAGCCAUUUUGGAAUCUGCUAUAAUUAAUUUCAAUUCAACGUGUUGUUUGUCGUUUGCUUAUCAUAUGUAUGGAAAAGAUAUGGGUCGUUUUGUAGUAUCUCUAGUUACUUAUGGCCAAGAUGAAAGAACAGUAUUAAAGAAUGAAACAAUUCUUGACGAAAGUGGAAAUAAGGGAAACGUAUGGAAAAUUGUUUCUUAUACAAUACAUAAUGAAAACAAACAAACGUUCAGAAAGUUGUUCUUUACCGGUUUCUAUGGAAGCGGAUACAGAGGAGAUAUAUCGUUUGAUGAAGUUCGCGUUCGAUUUCAAUCUUGUAAUGAUAAAUUGCCACAUUCAACUUCAACGCAAGCGAAUUUGUUAACUUCCCCAACAGUUAGGCCAACGUCUUCGAGCGUUUCUGUUGAUAAUCUAAAAUGUGAUUUUGAGACAAAUAUGUGUUUGUGGAAAGCAACUGCGUCUAUCUCAUCAAAUACGUACAUUUGGAAGCGAGAGACUGGAUCAACACCAUCAAUCAACACUGGACCAAGCGUGGAUCAUACGAAAGGUAUUCAAGGUUACUAUAUAUACGUCGAAGCAACCGGCAGUAAGAGCAAUGAUUAUUCUGAAUUGAAAUCUCCACUCGUGAACCUAAAUAAUAAAGAUUAUUGUAUGGAACUUUAUUAUCAUAUGUAUGGAUCCUCUUUAUCAAUUGGAAUAUUCGAGAUUUUUGUAAAUACUAAAUCGUCUGGUAGAAAGUUAUUAUUUAAUCAAGAUACCAGCAUAGGAGACCGCUGGAAUCGUCUUCUUAUGACGCUAAAGUCCUCUGAUAAUAUCAAUCAAAUCAUUCUUAAAGCAACCUCUGAUGGGGAUUAUAGAGGAGAUAUUGCAAUUGAUGACAUAUCAUUAUUACAAGGAAAAUGCAACGAUAGUGCCGUAAAUAAGUGUACAUUUGAAAAUGACGAUUGUGGAUUUUCUAUGACUUCCGACAAUUCAAUAUGGGCUUUUAAAAGAAUAAAUACUAGAACCCCAUCAAUUGGAACUGGACCUGAAUACGCUUUUGAAGGAAAUUAUUACAUCUAUACUGAAGCUACCAGCGCACCAGUUUCCAGUGUUGCAGUUAUGAAGUCUAGCCUUUUUAAAAUGAAUGGAGUCAGCUGUAUCUCAUUCCACUAUCACAUGUUAACUUCGCAUGAUGACACAGGAGGUUCACUGCUCAUUUAUUUAGAGAAUAAUGGUGUCUUACAUCACGUAAAAAGCGAAAAAGGAAAUAAAGGAUAUUCUUGGAUAAAUCAAGAAAUUCAAACAUCAUUCACUAGCUAUAAAAUAGUAUUCAAGGCAGUUAGAGGUUAUACGUUUGAAAGUGAUGUAGCAAUUGAUAAUUUGAUAAUUAGCUCGGGAACUUGCAAAUCAAACGAUAGAGUGAUAUUUCCAGUUGCCAGCCAAACCUCAUCGGUCAACUGCAAUUUCCAGAAUCAUAUGUGUGGCUAUACGCUUGUUCAAGACUUAAUGAGUCCCCUGGAGUGGACUAGACGGGAUGACGAAUCCUCAAAUAAAGUUAUGCACAUCGGAGGUGUUGAAGCCAAAUCGGCAACAUCUGCAAUAUCGAUUCAGUCUCCUCUAAUCACAUCAUUCAAUUCGAAAAAGUGUUUAUCGCUAAAACUAGCAAAGAAAACGAAAUCAAAUAUGAUCCAGAGUCAAGGAGAUCCACUGCUGAAUUUCCACGUAAAGAAGAGAGGAUCGAGUUCUUUCAGGAAAAUCUCGGAAUUGAUGGAGGAAAGUAGUAAAUUAUGCAUGAAUCAAAAUUCAAAUCUGCCAGUAAAUAUCGAUUUGGAAAGUGAUGUUGAACAAUUCCGUAUUGAACUUUCAACUACCAAAAGGAUGAAUGUAUCUGUAAUUACACUUGAUGAUUUCGUCUUGAAGAACGGUGAAUGCCAUAAGGUUAAGAAUGAAACUGCAUUUGUAAAAGUUGGUGUAAAUCAUGCAAAUUGUGGCAAGAGACUCAGUUCGUCCUUUAUAAUUCAAGGAGAGAGAGCUUUAGAUGGCGAAUUUCCUUGGCAGGCAAGUGUUUCCAUUGCUGUUGCUGGGGAUUAUUAUCUAUGCGGUGGAGUUUUAAUCCACGAAAGAUUCAUCUUAACAGCAGCUCAUUGUAUCAAAGACUCUGCAGAUUAUAGCAUUUUCUUGGGAUCUUUAAAUAAAUACAAAGGAACAGUUUACAAAAGCUCUGUCGCAUUCAAACAUGAGCAAUAUAACAAACCUACAAGACAUCUUAAUGAUAUUGCAAUCAUUAAGUUGAAUUCUACGGUCAAAAUGACAGAUAAAAUCAACACCGCAUGUCUCCCCGACAAGAUUUUAGAUGGUAGCGAGGGCUACGAAUGUCACGUUUCUGGAUUCGGCAGGACAAGUGGAGCAGAUGGAUCUCCAACAAGUUCUGUUUUAAUGAAGACUAAGCAAAAUAUUGUUACUGAAAGAAGCUGCAAGUCUACCUUAAUGCAAUACACCUUUACAACUGCAACAUAUCCUGAAAUGGUAUGCGGAAUAGGAGUUGCCUCCAGCAGUUCACAGGCUUGCAAGGUAGAAAUCUCCUUGGUUCUUUAGCCGUUUUAUACAUAGCAUCAUUUGUUUUUACUUCUAGGGCGAUUCCGGUGGUCCUUUGUCCUGUAAACGAAAUGAUAAAUGGCACUCAUUCGGAGUUGUAAGUUGGGGUUUGGCCGGAUGUAAAGGUGGUAUUACAGUUUUUGCACAGGCUGCACCUCACUAUAAAUGGAUAACUGAUAUAAUUAAAAGAGAAGAGCAGUGUUAUUGAUAGACAUUAUCAUUUGCAAAAGUAAUAUUUGUAUUAUCGGAAAAGAAAAUUCUGUAAUAAUUCAAAAAUUUUGAAUACACUAUAUUUUUAUU